GCCGAGAGAGGAGUAGGGCUGCCCAUAAGAAACAGGCAGAGAGGCCUACUAAACUCACGGGAGGAGGAGAAUAACCUUAAAUCCAUCCAUUCAACCCAUUCAACUUCCAAACUAACUUCAACUUCAGAUCAGCUGAUAAUCGCUCGGGGGGCGUAGUGGCUUGCUGUUCAUCUCUCUCUCCACUCAUUUUACCUCAUUCACCUGUCAGUCGACGAUGGCGCAGAUUCACGAAGUUAAAAAUUUUCAAGAUUUUGAGAAUGUAAUAGCUUCUUUGGCAGACUUAAAGGUACCAGUGUUUGCUGAAUUUUAUGGUGCUCAUGACAGCUCUGGUAAAAGUUGGUGUCCAGACUGUGUCAAAGCUGAACCAGUCGUGGAGAAAGUUAUGAAGACAAGUGCGCCUGGAGAUGCCCAUUUUCUUCAUGUAUCUGUCGGAGAGAAAGCAGAGUGGCGAGACCCUGGCUGUCCCUUCAGAACUGACUCCCGUUUGAAGCUGACUUGUAUUCCAACUUUAAUGCAGUGGGGAACAUCUCGCAAAUUACUUGAAGAGGACUGUGCCGAUGAAAAAAAAGUUCUUGAAUUUAUUUCAAACUAGACUGCUUUGAACUGCAGCUGGUCUUUGUCUAUGAAAAUGUAUAUUGUGAUUACUGGUAAUGUCUUUGUGUGUCUGUUUCUGAAAUAAUUGAAAGGAAAGAACUAGAAUUACAGGGUUUUUUUACAUGUGUAUUUUUAAUUAAUUAUCACAUUUAUCUAUGUCUAGUUACACACUGGUUUUGUACAAGUAUGUAAUACUGAAUAUAGCAUUUUAUUAUCCCUCUGAUUAUCACUUUAUGAAAUUGAGCUGGUCUGUGACUCUUUCGGUCAUAAAAAUAAAAUUAUGUUCACUGA